GUCCCAUUAGUUUUGUAGUUUCGCAACUGCCAGCGUUGGACCACUCACUCGCAUGCUUACUAGCGUGAAGAGAGAAAAAACCAACAUGUUCGGUUUCGGUAGAAGCUCAUCUCUGGGCACGAUUGCGUCGUGGUUAUCGACUGCAUCGCCAAAAGUCGCUAGUGUGGUGUCAUGCGCUACCGCCUUUUUGCUCUUCGCCGUGCUGUAUUGUCGUGAGGGGCUAUUUUUCGAGGGAUUUUCCUCAGGUGAUGCGACAAAGCAGGGAACGACGUCAAAGCAAGCUGCGCAUCUGGAAGGAGCCACAUCGUUGCCGGUGUUCGAUCCAGCGCUACGGCCAUUGCCACGCCAGCCUUUCACGUGCGAAAACAAGAUAUGUCCGCCAGGAGUAGCAUGCGUCGGCGGAAAAUGCACGCCAUGCAGGGAACGGAGCGACUGCCCCCCGAAGCACGUAUAAACGUACUUGAAUUUUUUACCUACGUCUAGUUUGAGUACUAUGUUUAUUUUCUGCUCAUUAUCGGAUUCGGUCUCGUCUGGGCCAACAUUAUUUCGCGUGUAUCUCGACUCGUCAUUACUUAGUGCUUGAUUUUGUUCAAAACCAAACAAGUGCCUAUAAAUCUGUUGUUUCGUUCUGCUUAAUAUAAUGCACACCAUUCCUUGGUUGCAGAUUUGCAUGUUACCCCUGGCUUUAUUGGCUUCUGGAGCGGGCGUAAGUGGUGGUGUUCUGCCACCGCUGCGAAGUUCAGUCUGCGUGGAGCGAAGGUUUUGGUUGGAUUUUUCGCUUGAAGAUAUUUUUUGCACGCUUCUGGUUGCCGGAACCGCCUUCCUUUCGGCUGGAUCGGGAGUCGGCGGAGGUGGCGUGUUCGUUCCGCUGUUCUUGAUGCUGCUGGGAUUCGGCUCACGGGAAGCGGUGCCAUUGUCCAAAGCGUGCUGUUUGUUUGGGUCCUCGGUGAACAUCGCAGUGUUCUUGCGAGAACGCAAUCCGGCUAGCUCAACCCCUAGGCCGAAGGUGGAUUUUGACGUCGUCGCCGUACUUAAUCCGCCGUUACUAGCAGGCAUUACUCUGGGAGUCAUCGGUCACAAAAUGUUACGGUGAAGAUCGGAUCAGAAGUCCGGAGCGACUAAAGUCGUCAGAUUUAGAAAAUGCAUGGUUCAGGAGUUUCGAUUCAUCUCUAAACCUAGCACCGGAGUGGUUCGUGGUGUUGUUGCUGCUUGCCACCUUAUGGUUCGCCUUCACGAAGUCUUAUCAGAAGGGUAUGCAGCGAUGGCGCGCAGAGUCAGCUGAGCUAGAGGCCGCAGCGAAGAGUGCUAAGGCUAAGUCGUGUUACUAAGCUUAAGUACUUUUAUGAUAACCAUUCACCUAUGAAAUCGUCGCGGUAUUUGAUCUCCGACCGCCCUUAAAUUCGUCUAGUUCUUAUGGGAAUUUGUGAGCUAGCUCUGGCGAGUUGUGGAAGCUGUGACCUAAGUUGUGGAGGUUGUGAUUUAAGUUGUGGCGAGUUGUGCGCCGACCGAAGUCUUAGGAAAGAGCUACACUCUUUACCUGGCUGCUCGAAUAUGAACACCAUAAGGCGCAAGCGAUCCUUCCUCGCCACAACUUCCACAAUCAACUCGCCACAACUUAGGCUACAACUUAGGCCACAAAUUAGGCCACAACUUAGGCCACAACUCGCCACUUUUCACAGGGGUUCGGCCUUUCUAAUACUUUCCUGAGCGCGUACUUCCUUGGCCUUUUUUCAUGUAGAAAAUAGAUCGAGGAUGCUUGGAAAAAUGCCAGGCUGCCCCCUCUAAUAUGUGCGGAAAGCAGGGCGAACAAGGAGAUGUCGACGAUGACCCACAUCGAGAUGGCACAAAAAUAGAAGUGGUAGUAGAUCAGCAAAAUGGAGGUGGUAGCGCAUCUUCAGGUGGAGCUAGUUCAUUUCGUUGUGCGGGUCAGAAAGACAACUUUCCUGGGAAAUCCGCACCCGAAGUCAAGGGGGAUCAUCUGGCUUCCUCGCCAUCGAUAUUUGGUGCCUUUGGAAGCGCAUCAGGGAAAAAAUCUGAGCAAAACCGGCGAGGAGGCUGGCUUGGAGGGAAAUCAGAUUGGAUGGCAGUGCGGACGUCGGGAAGUGUCGGAGGAGAUAUGCAGCAGCUUGUGGACGCCGCUGGUGAAGAGUCCGACAAUGAGAAUGAUGAGGUCGUGGCGCGAGGAGAGAACAGCAACAGCGCUUCUAUGAGGGACGACGGCCGCUUUUCCCAGGAGAUGCCCGGUGAUGAAGUGAAUACGCCUCCAAGCAGUGACGCCGAGGUGAUCGGCAAGCCGCAAUUUGGUGGAAGUUCGUCAUCACAGGGGAUAACUAAGGGUAGGUUUUUGGCGUUUCUGUUGCCGUUUGUCUUGACUCUCGUAAGGGGGAAGAGCAUAACAAACGGGGAACAGAAACACCAAGACCCUAUCUCUAAGAUAAGGAUUAGUAGCGGCCGCAAGGCGAAAGAAUGCCGGUCGCCGCCUAUAAGCGGUGGGGCCGACCACCGACCGGGAGGGGAUGAAGGAAGCUCCUGGGACGCCUUUCCUGCCUUCGAUCUUCAAACCAUCAAAGUUGCAUUAGAUGCGAGUUGGCGAGACUACCAGCAGACGUACUUCCUCGCAAGGAACGCAAUACGGAUCACGCUAGCUCUGUGUGCAGUCUUGUUCUUUCUCGAGUACUUCAAGGCUGUCCGUUGCACCGGACUCUACUGGCUUGAAGUUCUACUACAACUCGGCAUCUGCUUUGCCUUCCUACGCUACGCAACACGGACUGUGCUGGUGGACGCUGGAGGCGUCUACCAGCCUGCAAACGAGGAGGUUGGGGAACUCGGGGCGGUCUCUUCCGCAGCAUCAUCAGCCGAUGAGGAUGAACACACUACGACACAGCCCUCGGCUUCUACUCUCCAGGAUGAAGAAAGCGGUCCCGGCAGAACGAUCGGCGAUGCAACUACGCCUACCGCUUUCGGAAUCUCGGUGCAAGAAAGAAACUCGCCGAAGCCUCCACAGGCAAACAAUUUCUGUACAACUGGCGAGGAGGAUGAAGCUGUUGAAAUGGCAACGUUCGGAAGUGAUAAAAACACUACAUCUACGAGUCGGCGCCUGCCGUCACCGGCCACUGGGUCUCCAGUUGAGAAUGGCUUAGAGCGAGCGUCUCUGGCCUGGCGUGAAGGCAGAAACUUGGUUCUCUUUCCCACCUACGCAUGGGUUGCCGGGUUCGUUGGCGGAUUCCUGGGAAUUGGGGGUGGGAUGAUCAUCUCUCCAGUACUAUUAGAUCUGGGGCUGAACCCCGAAGUAUGCCAGGCGACAACGGCAAUGUUCGUUUUUCUGAGCUCCGUGCUCGCGGUCAUACAGUUUUUCUUGCUUGAUCUGGAGAUGCCAGCCUAUCUUUAUGCCAAGCAAUAUUUUAGGUGACUUAGAUAAAUAUCUAAACUUAUGAAUUCAAAUACUGAAAGCAACCCCGGCGCCGUCUUGGCUUUUGAUUAUGGUCAACAAUAUCAAAGUUUUUCUUUCAUCGAAACGGCAUCAGUCAUCUGGAAAAGUAUUUUUCUACGAUUUGAUUUUGUGCGGAGCAUGCCCUGUGACCCUACAUUUUCUCCCUAACUCUGGCUCUGGUAUGGAGCAUGGGUUACUGUAGCGACCUACGUGGGCCAGCGCUCAAUCGCGUACAUGUUGCGCAUCUAUCAGCGCAAGUCGCUGAUUAUCCUUUCCGUCGCAGCGAUUAUCUUUCUCUCAAUGCUGCUGAUGACGCUCACGGGCCUGCGAAAUCUAUAUCGCGAUCUCGCAGUUGAGGGUGACUGGGAAAGUUUGGCAUUCUCAUUUCAAAAAUUUUGCCACUAACUAUGAUAGGAUACACUCACAAAGGACAAGGAGCACAAGUUGGCGGGCGUUUGCAUCAACAGCCACAUGGUCUGAAGAUGCUCGUCCGUGCCAUGGUCAUGUAUUGCUAGCCAAAAACAGUAACCUGGACAAACGAGCACAUUAAGUAGUUACUAGUGUGUGUGCCCCCUCCAGAUGUUUGAUGUGCCGCCUUGGAAGAGUUCGAAGGAGGACCCGACCCGUGUAGGUAACGACAUCCGCGGACAAAGUGAGCACCCUUUGGGCGACAGUCAUCA